CAAUUGAGUGAAGCCGCCUGUCUUUUAUUGACAACAAAACAGCAGCUUUACCAUAGUAUCACUUUGUUCUAUUUCCACAGUUCCUCGUGGAUGUGAAUGGAGACGGUAAGAAAUAAGCUCCAUUUCUUUAUCAAGUUUCACUCUCGGUUUCUCGGUUUUUGUCAUAUCUCCAUUUCAUUCUAUUUUUUCUAUGAAGUCGAAGAGAGCCUCUGAAUAGCGUAAUAUUCAUUUCCCUAUCACUUCGACACUUCCACGCGCUCUUGCGUGGAAAAGUUCAUCUCACGGACACAAGACAUUUUCUUUCGAUUCACUUCACUGAUCCACUAUAUUUUUUUAACUUUCAGUAAACGAAAAAGACGAAAAUGGGAAUACAGCCCUGCAUAGAGCUGCUGAGACUGCUAAUUUUGAGCAUUUAUGUUUUAAAAAAAGGUUUCGUUCAAUCAAUUUCAUUGAUCAAAAUUAUUUUUCAGGUAAUGCGAAGGAAGCACAAAGACUCAUCGCUGAAGAAGCCAAUGUUGAUAUCGGAAAUGAGUUGUCGGACACCUCUUCACUUAGCUGCUAUGAAAGGACACAAGAAUGUCGCUGAGCUUCUCAUCCGUAAAGUAGCCAAUGUUAAUAUUAGAGAUGAUUCAAAUCAAACACCUCUUCAACAAGCUGUUCACAGUCGUCACAAUGAUGUCGCUAGACUUUAUAUCGGUAAAGGAAAGAAAGUUAAUAAUUGAACGCUGCUGACAAUGGUAAUGUUGGAUAUUUAUUUUCAUUAAAUAAGAAAUUGGUUUAAUCUUUUUGAUCGAUGUCUAUUUUUCAGGUGGCGAAUAGCUGAAAUAAUUUAGCUGAAUAAUCGGAUGAUUUUUUUCUAUGCCCAUACUCGAUUAUCGAUUAAUAUUCUGUCAAAAAAAUACCUCCAGUUGUCCAUUUACCCACUGUUACCACCAAUGUAGAAUACUACAGCCCAUUAUCACGCUUCCAUCAUCAUAGUACCCUUGAACCCAAAACAUUUAUUAUUUUUUGG